AUGUCAUUAGUCAGAAACGUUUUGAGAAUAGGUGCUAGAAGCGUGCCUGCUAGUUCCUUUUGCGGAAUUCAGCACAUAUCCAGUAUUAGAUAUAAUUCAAACCAAUCCAGUCCAUCAACUACUACCGGAAACCCAGAAGUAACAAACGAGAAAACACCUGAAUCUAUUACACAACAAGUAAAGAAAAAGGCAAGAAAAAGAGACGAAGUAGGGUUAACUGCUCAAUUAUUCCCAAUGAACAAAGAUACGAUAAGUGAACAAGAUUUGGAUAAUUGGAUAGCAGCGGUACAAAGCUUGAAAAAAGGGAAGCCCGUUGAAACAUCCGAGCAAGUGUAUAUUAAAGAAUUAACAAAAACAGAGAGAUUCGUAGAAGAGAAGUAUGAACCAACUGCAGAACAACUCGAAGAAGCUGCAGCUUAUGAUAAUAAACAAGUUCCAUUAUUAUCUGACCCAGAUGUGGAUAAUUUAGUCAAUCUUGUCAUGAGACAUGGUCAGAAAGGAGCUGCCAGAAAAAUUGUUGCCAGAGCAUUCUAUAUUGUCCAGUUGAAGACAAGAGAGGAUCCAGUGAAAAUUUGGAAGGAAACUUUAGACAAGUUGGCGCCACUUGUCAAAACUAGAAGUAUGGCUACUAAGGUUGCUAAAAGUAGAGUUGUUCCAAUCCCAUUGUCCGAAAGACAAAGACAUAGAUAUGCAAUUACCUGGAUAUUAGAUGCUUCUGCAAACAAAAAGUCUCCAGAUAUGGCUGUUAGACUAGCCGAAGAAAUUAUCUCUGCCUGGAAUGGUAAAUCCUCCGGUUAUGACAAGAAAGCACAAAUGCACAAGACAGCCACUCAACAAAGAUCCUAUAUUGUAUUGUAG